AUGCUCCAAAGAACCAAUCUCCUUCCAAAUUGGCAGGCUCCGGUGCAAGCUGUUGAAGCGCAUUUUGGUCAUUCUCUAUUUGAUUCUCCACGCGCAACAUUGUUUAAACUUCAACAAGUUGAUUCGGUUCAGGGUUACUAUCAUGAAUUUGCUUCAUUGGCAAAUAGAGUCGAAGGACUUACAGAUGCUGCACUUUUGGAUUGUUUUAUUAGCGGCCCCAAAAGUGAUGUGAAGAGGGAAGUGAAAAAUGUCACGGACGAUUCUGUUCCAGUUAUUGAAGAAUCGGUGGCAGAAUUCCAUCACUUGUCACAUAAUGCUUUUAAUGGGGCUUCGGGUCCUGGAACCUUGCGAUUUAAAGUUUCAGGUGCAGAAAUUAUUCUCGUCGCUUCUUGGUUAGCGACGUUGGGACCUCAUGUUGCGGAUUAUUGCCAACUCAUAAUAAAUUUUUUUGAUGGUUCUGUUUUUGUUACUCUUCAAGGGGACUCCAACUUGUCGCCUUCUGCUACUCAGGCGCAAUAUCAUCUUCUCCGUCGUCUACAUCAAACUGAUGUCAUAUCGACGGUUUUCACAUUGCACUCUCAGAUGUCUUCUGAUGCUGAGGAUCCUUUUGUGGAUUUGGUGCCUACACCGCCCUCUGAUGUUGUCGACAUUCUUCGGCAGUAUGUUUCUGUGUUUCACAAGCCUCGUGGUCUUCCACUGCCUCAGAGUCAUGAUCAUGCGAUUUCAUUGUUACCAGAUGUUCCGCCUGUGAAAGUUCGACCUUACCGGUAUCCUUUUAGUUACAAGGCUGAAAUAGAGAAAAUUGUUGGUGAAUUAUUACAGGAAGGCUUGAUUCAACACAAUACUAGCCCAUUUUCAUCUUUGGUUAUUUUGGUUAAAAUGAAAAUGGGUCUUAGACGAUUUUGCACUGAUUACAGAGCAUUGAAUGCUAUUACUAUUAAAGAUUGUUUUCUGAUUCCAACGGUUGAUGAGUAACUAGAUGAAUUACACGACGCUUGAGCAUUGAAUGCUAUCACUAUUAAAUGUUGUUUUCUGAUUCCAGCUGUUGAUGAGUAACUAGAUGAAUUACACGACGCUUGUUAUUUUUCAAAAUUAGACUUGCGUUCUAGUUAUCAUCAGCUGUUGGUUAAUCCGAAAGAUUGGCAUAAAAUGACAUUUCUACACACCAAGGACAUUAUGAAUGAUUGCUUAUCUGGGACAUAUGAUUUCAUCUUCUCGUGUAUAUGUGGAUCCUGACAAGGUUGAGUCUGUACUUAAAUGGCCAAUUCCUACUACUCUUAAACAGCUUCGUGGUUUUCUUGGUCUCACAAGUUAUUAUCGUCGCUUCAUUAAAGGAUAUGCAUCAUUGGCCUCUCUCUUACAUGAUCUCUUGAAGAAAGAUGCUUUUCUGUGGUCUGAUUCUACAGAGGCUGCUUUUAACAACCUUAAAAAAGCAAUUACAAAUGCCUCAAUUCUGGUUCUUCCUGAUUUUUCUAUUCCUUUUGAAUUGAAAACUCAUGCAUCAGGUACAAGUAUCGGUACUAUUUUAAGUCAGAAGGGACAUCUUAUUGCUUUCUUUUCAAAAAAACUCUCAUCCAGAAUGCAAUCUAAAUCUGCAUAUGUUCGCGAGAUGUUGGCGAUAACUAAAGCAGUAGCCAAGUUUUGACAUUAUUUAUUGGGCUAUCAUUUCAUAAUUCGUACUGAUCAUAAGAGUUUGCGGCCUUUAAUGGAUCAAACACUGCAAACACCAAAACAACAACAAUGGAUGCACAAGCUUAUGGGUUAUGACUUUGUUAUUGAAUACAAAUCGGGUAAGCAAAAUGUGGGGGCUGACGCUUUAUCACGUAUGGAUUGCCUUGCAUUUUCUACACAAUAUUGUAAUUUAAUUGCUGAUUUAAGGGAACAUAUUGUGAGUGAUGAUUACUACCGCAACAUACUUUUGGGUAUAAAAAAUGGUCAAAAUUUUCCUAAUUUUCGU